AUGGCGCCGACCACCAAGCUGGAGCGCGUACCGCUGCUCGUCAAGAACGAUGGCUUUGGCGACACGUGCCCGGAAGAGAUGGGCGGCUGCGUCUCGUCCGUCUUCUUCUCGUGGCUCACCCCGCUCCUCGACCUCGGCAACCAGCGGCCGCUUGAGUUCGGCGACCUCUACCAACUCAACCCGAGCGACCGCGCGCUGCGCAUCUCGGCGACCUUUCAGCGCUACUGGGACGCAGAGCUCGCCAAGCCAAACCCGCGACUCUGGUGGGCGCUCUCCAAGGCCUUUGGCGCGCCCUUCCUCGUCGCCGGUAUCCUCAAGCUCAUCCACGACUCGCUGCAGUUUGUCGGGCCGCUUGUGAUCAAGCUCAUCAUCGAGUUCCUCUCGGACCCCAACGCCGACGUCAACGAAGGCCUCGUGUACGCUGCUGUCAUCUUUGUCGCGGGCGUCGGUCAGUCGUUUGCGUUGCGCCAGUAUUUCUUUUACUGCUUUGAGACGGGUCUGCGUCUCCGGUCGGCCAUCGUGACGGCCGUGUACCACAAGUCGCUCGUGCUCUCGGCGUCGGCGAAAGGCGCGCGGUCGACGGGCGAGAUCACCAACCUCAUGAGCAUUGACGCGCAGCGCCUCCAGGAAAUUACCAACUAUCUGCACGCGAUCUGGUACGCGUUCUUCCAGAUCCUCGUGUCGUCGUACUUGCUCUACCGCCAACUCGGCAUCGCGUUUCUCGCAGGCGUCGUCGUGAUGCUGCUCAUCAUCCCCACGACGGCGGCCAUCUCGACCAUGAUGCGGUCGCUCCAGCAGCGCCUCAUGACGGUCAAGGACGAGCGCGUCAAGGUCGUCUACGAAGUCCUCUCGGGCAUCAAGGUCAUCAAGCUCCAGGCCUGGGAAAACAGCUUUACGACCCGUGUCAUGGAGUUCCGCACCAACGAGCUCGACCGCCUCCGCACGUACAUUUACGCCCGGUCCUUCUCGAGCGUCGUCUUCAACGGUGUCCCGUCGCUCGUGACGGUCGCGUCCUUUGCCGCGUACAUUUACCUCGGCAACACGCUGGACGUGGGCACGGCGCUCACAUCGCUGGCCCUCUUUAACAUUUUACGCUUCCCGCUCUUCAUGCUCCCGAACGUCAUCAACUCACUCGUCGAAGCGCAAGUCUCGUUCACGCGCCUCACCGAGUUCUUCCUCCUCGAAGAGCGGUCGCCCGUCACGGCCGGCCACCUCACGGACGUGGGCAUUGCGAUCGCAAAGGCCGACUUUACGUACGCGGCGACGCCGACGACCGCCCAAGAGACGGCCGACGCCGAGGCGAACAUUCCAGUCUUGCGCAACGUGUCGCUCAGUUUUGGGAGCAACCACUUGGUGGCGGUCGUCGGGUCGGUGGGCGCUGGCAAGUCGACGCUCCUCAGCG